CGGACACCACAACAACACGGACCGCGUGCUGUACGUUUUAAGUCCGUGUUCGACGCUUUAUGUUGGAGUUAUUGUUAUUAUUUUUCUGCCACUACAUGUUGAUUUGCCGCCAUGAAUUCAGACGCGCUCGUGCUGUUGGAGACCGUUAACUUUGCCGCGGAGAAACACCGCAACCAGCGACGCAAGGACGCGGACAAGACGCCGUAUAUCAACCACCCGAUCGGAGUAGCAAGAAUCUUGAGCCAUGAAGGAGGCAUCACAGACAUCGAGGUUUUGCAAGCGGCUCUUCUUCACGACACGGUGGAGGACACGGACACCACCCCCGCCGAGCUGGAGGCCAAGUUCGGAGCGACCGUCGCUCGCAUCGUGCAGGAAGUGACCGACGACAGACGUCUGCCCAAGCAGGAGCGGAAGCGUCAGCAGGUGGAGCACGCGGCUCACUGCAGUCAACAGGCCAAACUGGUCAAACUGGCAGAUAAACUGUACAACCUGAGGGACCUGAACCGCUGCACACCUGACGGUUGGACAGCUGAGCGGGUCCAGGAGUAUUUUAUCUGGGCCUCAGCGGUGGUGAGAGGCCUGAAAGGAACCAACUCGGUCCUGGAGGAGAAGCUGGACGAGCUGUUCAGACAGAGAGGAGUCCCGCUCUGACAACACAGCAGAGAACAGACGAUCGAACUUACAAAUGAAUCCAAUUUUCAUCUAUUUGAAAAAAAAUAAUAAUAAAUCAUAUUUUAUAUAAA